CAGCAAAUUUUAUUUUUUAUUAAUGAAGACAACGAUAAAAUGACUUGAAGAACAAUAUGGAUUUAUUGAAAAAAUUUGAUGAAUUAAAUAAUAGAUUGUCAACUCUAUUAGAAGAAAAUAAAGAGCUUAAAAGGCAAAAUAAAAACUUUCAAGAAGAAAAUCAUGUAUUAAAGGAAAAACUUAAUGAAAGAGAUUAUGAAAAUCUUCAAGAAGAAAAUAAGAAAUUAAAACAACAUGUUCUAAAUUUAGAACAUCAAAAAAAUGAUCAACUUCGGAAAUAUAAAAAUCUUCAAGAAGAAAAUAAAAGCCUUAAUAUGAAAGAAACCCAAUUUCAGCAACAUAUUCAAAAUUUAGAAAAACAAAAAAGUGAGCAAUUUGAAAUAUUUUCACAAAAUUUAGAAAAGGCUUUAGGAAAGUUGAGAUUAGAUGACUUACAUGAAGAUAAUGUGAAUAAUCCCCAAAAAGAUUUUAUUUUGAGUUCAGAUGAAUUAGAUGAAGAUAAUGUGAAUGAUCCCAAAAAAGAUGAGAGUCUUGAUUAUAUGAAGGAUUCUACUAUACAAAAAGUGACUAUAAAGAAAGUAAUACAUCCUAUAGAUAAAAGCUCUUUUAACAAAGAUAAUAUCCGAGUCGUAGUUGGAUUAGACUUUGGAACAACAUAUUCUGGAUUCUCUUAUUGUCAUGUUGCUGAUUCGGAAAAUAUUACUACAAAUGAUCAAUGGCCCGAAAAUUUCGGAAAUUUAAAGACAAAUACGGUACUUCAAUAUGAUUAUGAGUAUGAUCGAGUUGAGUCAUGGGGACUACCAGCUCUAGCUAAAAGACCGAGUCGUCGAAAGAAUGAAAAUAGAAAAAGACCAGUUGAAUUAUUCAAAUUGCAUUUAGGUAAUUUAUCAGAAAAUUUAAAACCAAAACUUCCAAUUGAUUUUGAUUAUAAGAAAGCUAUUACUGAUUAUCUUCGCGAAAUUGGAAAGUUGAUUAAAGAAACAAUUGAGCUACGCUUUCAAGGAAUUGAUUUUCAUAAACAUGUAUUAUUGGUUCUUACUGUUCCUAUGGAAUAUUUGGAAGAAGACAUAGCUAUUAUGAGGGAAUGUGUAUAUGAAGCAGAGUUGAUUGCAAAAAGGUGCUCAAAUAAGUUACAAUUUACUACAGAGUCUGAGGCCGCAGCAAUUUAUUGUAUGCAAAAUGUAUUAAAGGAGCAUGAUUUGCUAACAUCGGGAAAAACUAUUAUGAUUGUUGAUUGUGGCGGUGGUACUGUAGAUUUAACUAUUCACAAGUUAAUUGGAAAUAAUCAAUUAAGUGAAAUCACCGAAGGUACCGGUGAUUUCUGUGGAAGCACAUUCAUUGAUAAUGAAUUUAUUGGUUUUUUACGUAAAAAACUUGGAAUUGAUGCCAUAAAUUCAUUCAGAGACAGCUGUUAUAGUCAAUUUCAAUCUAUGAUUCAAGAAUUCUGUCAACGUGUAAAAUUACCUUUCACGGGAGAUGAUUUAGUUUUUUCAUAUGAAUUAGAUAUUGAAAUAACUGCUCCAGUUCUAUUACAAUAUAUCGAUAAAGAAACCAGAUUUAAAAUGGAAGAAAAUGAAUGGUUGUUUGAAAUUAAUUAUGAAGACAUAAAAGCAAUGUUUGAUCCUGUUGUUGAUCGAAUUAUUAGGUUGAUACAUUUACAACUUUCUAAUGCUCGAGAAGAAUGUUCUGCAAUGUUCUUAGUUGGAGGUUUUAGUGAAUCAAAAUAUUUACAAAAAAGGAUUAAACAAGAAUUUCAACGGGAAGUAAAAAAUAUCUCAGUACCUAAGAAUCCUAUAGCAGCAACUUCACGUGGAGCUGCAUUAUAUGGAUUUUCUUUAUUCAAUUCAAAAAAUGAUAAUAUGAAAGUUACUAGAUGUAUUAUUGCUACAAGAAUUCUUAAGUAUACUUAUGGUAUUAAAGUGAGAAACUACUGGUUGGAAGGAGAUCCAAUUGAAAGAAAAAUCCGCGAUGGACGUAUUGAUAGAUUUCAUUGCAUAGCUAAACGUGGAAUUCAAGUUAAUGCUAAUGAAGAAUUUACAACAUUUUUCACGCCACUUUCUCCUAUGCAAACAAGAGUAUGUUUUAAAAUAUAUUAUACUAAAGAAUAUAGUGCAAAAUAUUGCGAUGAACCUGGUAUGAAUCUUUUAGGGAAACUUAUUAUUGAUCUUUCUGGAUCCGGACAUCUUGAUAAAUUAUUAUUUGGGGUUUCUUUUGGGCAAAUGGAAUUUGCUAUUACUGUAAAAAAUGAAACAAGUGGACAGUAUUGUAGAACUAAGUUUGAAAUUGAUAUUUAGUGAAUAAUUAUUUUCAAUCUGAUAAAUUCAUUGAUUUACCUUAUAUUAUCAUUUGACAAUGUUAUUCGCGCAAAAUCUCCUGGUUUUUUAUAGUAUCUAUUUAUUCAAAGAAAGUUGGUUCAUUCUGAAAAAAAUUCUGUAUAAUAAAAAAAGCCGACAUUCACUUGUAACAUGUUUAGUCCUCUGAUCGCAACCAAUAAAAAAUUAAAAAUAAAAAUUACUUUAGAAAAACUA